CCCACUUUGCUCCUCUCUGUCUUUCUUUCACUUUCCCCACCCCCGUCUCGCCGUCGCCGCCGACGGUGGAAACAUCAGAACUCCGAGUCUCCAACCUCGCUCCUCCUCUGUCUUUCACUUUCCCCACCUGCGACGCGGUAGCCCCCAUCUCCAUCUCGCCGCCGUCGCCGAGCAGGUUGGGGCGAAAGGAAAGGAAAGGAGAGCUGCUCAGCACGGCGACCUCGCAGCACUGCACUGGAGUCAACCAAGCUCAGCCUGCCUCUGCAAUGUUGAUUUGAUGGUAUCUACAAUUAGGGCUACUGCAAAGCAACAGUCACAGCCGUGUUUCUGCUCUUCUCUGUCCAGGCAUCCAUCUGGUUUGCUCUCUGCUCCUAAUGUCAUCUGUUCCAGUUUGUGCUUCCUAGACUACUACAUACAGUACAGUACAGUACAGCACAUGGCUAAAUCUCCAGCAGUUCUGAAUGGAGGACCAAAGUGUGCUGGAGCGUAUACUUAACGGAGAAGAGGACCCCAAGGAUCUGCCAUUAGCGCUCUUACAAAGCAUCACCAAUGAUUUCUCUCAAGACAGACAAAUUGGUCAGGGUGGAUUUUGGAGUGGUUUACAAGGGUGUACUCCGAAAUGGGAUUAUUGUUGCUGUCAAGAGGAUAGAAGUGAAUCAAAUCACAAUUGAUGACGUGUCAUUUCGUCGUGAGUUUAAUAGCCUGAUGAACAACAAUCAUCAAAAUGUAGUCCGGUUUCUUGGCUUCUGUUCUAAUACACAUCAUAUACCGAGAAAAGAGGCUGGAGAAAUUAGCCUUGUCAACGUAAGAGAAAGAUUGCUCUGUUUUGAGUACAUACGCAAUGGAAGUCUUGAUAAGCAUAUUACUGAUGAAUUAAGGGGACUUGAAUGGGAACCACGUUAUGCAAUAAUGUCUGGAAUUUGCAAGGGUUUGUUUUAUCUCCACGAGGAAUUUUUUUUUGUUCAUAUGGACCUUAAACCGCCAAAUAUAUUACUUGAUGAUCAUAAGAUUCCAAAAAUUACUGAUUUUGGGUUGUCAAGAUCUGAUGAAAUGUCGCAUACUACAGGUCAACGUUUUGGAACACCAGGAUAUGUCGCUCCAGAAUACAAGAAAGAUGGCAAAACUUCAUUCAAGUGUGACAUAUACAGUUUGGGUGUCAUAAUCACAGAAUUGGUAACGGGGCGUAAGAGCGUCCCUCACAAAAAUAAUGCAUUGUCUGGAUAUUGCUCGGAGUCUCGCUCCGGGAUGAAAACCCAUGAUCUAGCCUCAUUGGUUGGAUCGAGUGACAUCAGAUGGUACUUCAUAGUAAUUGAUGAUAUAUGGGAUUCGGAAGCAUGGGGUCUUAUUCAAUCUGCUUUUCCAGAAACCGAACGUGGAAGUAGAGUGAUAACAACAACAAGGAAUCAUGAUGUUGCUCUUGCCACUUGCAAUGCUGAAAGCGAAUAUGUUUAUAAGAUCAAACCACUCAGUGUUGAAGACUCAAUAACACUAUUUUUUAGAAGAACAUUUGGUCCCAAAAAGGGUUGUCCUGAUACACCCAGAAAAGUAGAGAUUUCAAUUGAUAUUCUAAAUAGAUGUGGUGGUAUGCCACUUGCUAUUAAUAGCAUAGCAAGCCUUCUGGCUGGCAAGACAGACUCGACCUGGGAGUAUGUAUGGAAAUCUUUGGGUGCUAUGACUGAAGGAGAUGAUCAUGAAAAGAUGAAGCAAAUAUUGGAUCUUAGCUACAUACAUCUUCCUGAUCAUCUUAAGACAUGUCUGCUUUAUGUUUGUAUGUAUCCAGAGGAUCGCGAGAUAGAUAAACAUAAUUUGUUGAGGAAAUGGGUAGUCGAAGGGUUCGUGCACGUGAGUAGAAACAGUGGGCUGGAUGCAGAGGAUGUUGCAGAAAAGUACUUCGAAGAGCUCAUCAGCAUGUGUAUGAUCCAACCUGGGAGGAUAGACAAAUACAGCAAUGAAGUGUUGUCUUGUAGAGUACAUGAUAUAAUUCUUGAUCUGAUGAGAUCCAAGUCAAGUAAAGAGAAUGUUAUUCAUGUAAUUGAUGGUUCGAAAGAUGAGACAGGGGAGAUCCGUCGAGUCUCGGUCCAUCGCAAUGAUAAAGAGGAUACGAGAAUUUCGGAAACAAUCAAUAAAGGGUCACUGUCACAUGUUCGGUCUGUGUUACUUUAUCGAAGCUCACUUGUACCUUGUUUUCUGGAGUUCAAGUAUGUCCGAGUUCUACACCUUGAAUAUGGAGUUAUAAGUGGGAACAUAGACCUCACCAGUAUCAGUAGGUUGUUUCUCCUAUGGUAUUUAAAGAUUGCAGGCUCUCCUCCUGGACGUCCAUAUGAGCUGAAGCUACCUAAUCAAAUUGGGGGGCUACAGCAAUUGGAGAUAAUAGAUAUAUAUGGAUGUAAAUUGAGAAAUUAUCCAUCAGAUAUUGUUAGUUUGCCCUGGUUAUCGCAUCUCAGCUCGAUGGGAUCAGUGUUGCCUGACGGGAUCGACAAGUUGACAUCCCUGCGCACCCUAGCAGGCAUACGUCUGUAUGGAAGUUCGGUAGAGAAUGUCAAGGGGCUCGGCAAGCUGACCAACUUGAGACAACUUGAGAUCUCUUCGGAUGGGCCUAGUGAAGGUUUGGAAGAGGCCACCAUGGAUGCCUUGUACUCUUCCAUCUGCAAGCUUUCCGCCAACCUCAGGACCUUUACUUUCACAGGAGGAUUUCUUUACAUACGAGAUGUCCCAGCAGGCUGGAUUACCAGAACAACAUUCCCUUGGGGUUCUCAGAUUCAGGAGCUCAAUCUGGGAUACUGCAGGUUUGAAAGGUGCCCCGAGUGGAUUGGUCAGCUCCACGGCCUCUACAAGAUUUGUAUUAGUGUGAGGGAGGUGGCUGAUGGUGUUAGUAUUGUUGCACAGUUGCCUUCACUUGCCUACUUCUGUUUGAGUAUUUUUGGUAUGGGUAAAGAAGAAAAGGAAGAAAGUGUAGUCAUCCCUGGAACUGGCAGCGGGGCAUUCAGAGCACUCAAGCACCUGCGUUUCUACUGUAAAAAGGUGUCAUUGACCUUUGAAGCUGGGGCUAUGCCCAAGCUGGAGAAGCUUUCUAUACAGUUCCGUCACGAAAUGGCUCCUCAGUUCCUACCGGUUGGCAUCCAGCACUUGCCGGUUGGCACCCUUAAACUAAUCUGGUUACAUGUGAUCCCUGACUUCUUGCAGGUGAUGAAAGGUUCCAAGCUCUUGAACGAUGACUAUUCAAGAAAACGCACAAGGAAGUUGGGGCCCAUGUUGAAGAGAGCAUUUAAGCAGCAGCAUCCUGAUGCUCACAUCAUCACUCACGUAGGAAGGGAUGAAUAUAUUUCGAGUGAUGACGAAGAUCGUUACUCCAGUUUAGAUGAGUAUGAAGUGAUGAAGAAGAUGCAUAUUGAGAGGGACUCCAGUUUAAAUGAGUAUGGACUGAUGAAGAAGAUGAAUAUUGAGAGGGUGUUGACGCAUGAAUUUUUUACAUUCAGUUUAGUUGACCAUCAAGACUUAAUGAAGCAGCAUCAAGACGUAAUGAAGCGGUAUGAAUAUAUUAAAUCCAGAUUAGCUGAGCAUCAAGACAAAGGUGAAGAAGAUGAAGAGUAUUAUAAUGAAGAAGAAGAUUACUGUAAUGAAGAAGAUGAAGCGACAAGCACCAAGAAGAUGAAGAAAUGACGUCUCUUACCUGUAACAUCAUUGAGCCCUAUUAAUGUGAUGCCUAGUUGUACGGAAAUACAACAACUGACCACAUCAUUGUUAAGAUUGUGACGGGUAUUGUCUUGUCUGCACCUACGCUGACGAUACCUUGAACAUUGUUUUUAAAACUUUUUAAUCAUUUUUGAGGAACC